CAACUCUGCAAUCUAUCAGCUGAUUUUUGUUAGUAUAUGAUAUAACUAAAGAAUAACUUUUAGUUGUAAAAUAAUAAAUUAGUUCUUUGUAUUAAUAUUAAAACGACAACAAUACGAUGUCGUCCAACAAGUAUAAUGAAUUAAUAAAAUUGGGCACACAAUAUGCACGUCGGAUGAAUUUCCUUUCUAACCGCAUUUUUGGGGAAGUUGCGCGCACCACCAAUGAUAAGUCUAUGAAGGUAGUUCGCAUGUUCGCAGAGGAGCCGGUGCAGAAGCGCGAUUCAUUGAAUAACUGGUAUCCCCGACACGUGGAGACACAUAUUUUAAUGAAAAAUCUGCGCGCUUACGGUUUAUUCCGUGACGAACACGAGGAUUUCAAAGAAGAAAUGAAACGUUUGAGACGACUACGUGGUAAAGCUGCGCCAAAGAAGGGUGAGGGCAAGCGGGCGUCCAAGAAAUAGCGAGUUUUGUGUUUAUGGUUUAAAAUAAAGAUGUCUUUAGUUAUAAUUUAA